CCCCAAUUUAGACUUUGACAAGGAGCACUUCAGCCAAGCCCUUCUUCCUCCUUUGCUGCAAAGAAACCAAAUUCGAAUUGUACACGUGUCCAAUGUGAGAGAAAAAUACAUGGCAACUAAGAUAGGAAAGGAAUGCACAGAAAAUAAAGAAAUCAGGAUUUGAAAAUGAGGUUCUGGAGUCAAAAACGCCAUAAAGUCACCGACUUGGAUCCUCAAUUUUAUGACGCUUCCCCCCAAAAUGGCCCUAAUAAAUCCAUCGUCACCAAAAGAUACUUGCUGUAUUCAACGCCCAUGCGAGUUAUCUACACCAUUAUCAUUUGCAUCCUCAUCGGUUUCGUGACCCCUUUGCUACUGAACCAAAAUUUCGAGUACUCUCCUCCUACCAAUCAAGUCACAGGAACUUGCCACAUCGAACUGGGGGUGAGGACAGCCUGCUUCCCGGAAACGGAUGAAAAUGUCACGGAGGCCAUGUGCCUGGAUCGAGGGUGUUGCUAUCAAGAACUCAACUUGGGCGCCAAUGCAUCCCUCUGCCACCACAGAAUACCGUCUUCCCACCUAUUGAACGUGACCCAACAGACAGCUGAAGUGGUCCAGCUCGUGAAUUCCUACGCAAAAGUGACCUGGCCAGACAAGAAAGUGGAGAAACCAGCGGUCAAAGCUCGACAAGUUUCACCCGGCCACGUGGGCAUCCUGUUCUUUGACGAGGAUAACCCGAUUGACCUGGGUUUGGGCGACAAUACGGAAUUUGAACAAGUUCAGCUGAGAUAUCAGGGUGACGAAAAUGACGACCAACGAUUGCGGUUCCAAGUCUCAAAAGACGAAAAAGUCUUGUUGGAUCUUAGUUAUGGACCUGUUAUCCUGGGCGCAACCUACUCCGAACUUUCGCUGUUAAUAGCUUCAUCUUUGGUUUACGGCUUAGGUGGUCACGAGUUCUCGUUUGAAGGCCAGCAUGUGUUCCAAACGCAAACUCUGUACAACACCGAGAAAAUGAUCUACCAUUCGCAUCCGUUCUUCAUGGGUCUGGAUGGCAAUCGUAACUUUUUUGGGGUUUAUGUGGAAUCUGAGACUCCUUUGACUAUUGAAGUUCUCCCGGGAUUGGACAACCUAAGACCAUUGAUUGUCUUCCACUCCAUGGGAGGAUAUAUUUGUUUGCAUAUAUAUGAAGGACCUAUGCCGAGAGACGUGAGCCGACAAUUGGCUGCUCACCUUGGACAACCUAAGUUGGCGCCCAAAUGGGCCUUAGGUUACCACAUUUGUCGCAAUACUGGCGGUAUCACUGAGUUUAAGGCUGCAGUGCAAGGAAUGGCUGAUGCGGGCAUUCCUUAUGACUCGGACUGCAUUGAUGAGAGCCUCUAUCCCACUGCAUUUCAACUGGGUAUCUCCUCUGCCAAUUUGGAGUCUGCCCUCACAAUUUUGACAGACAGUGACAAAAAGUUUCUUCCAAAGCAGAAUCCCAUGGUUUUAGUCGGGGGUCCGUUUCACACUGGAGAAAGCUUCAUUAUGUGGAAUGUUACCGAGGAGUAUCAAGGCAUGUUUGGAGAAGAUGACAUGGUUGUACUCCCAGAUUUUAGUCAUCCCGAUGUCGCAUCUUGGUGGACCACAUCUUUUGAGUCCAUGCAGAGCAAGCUGAGCGUGGAGGUUAGUGGCAUGACUUUGGCACACAACAGCCCCCUCAUUGAGACUGAUCCUUUUGACUUUGAUUGUGAUUUGGAGGAACUGUUUUUCAUCCCGAGGGAGCUGAAUGCCACGAUUGAUACGUAUUCUGUUUGUCCCACUGCUGAGCACUUCGAAGGGUCUCAUCUCACUCAACACCCUCAAUACCCCUCAGAUCAUAUGACUUUGGCGGACGUUCCAAAUACCUACAGCUUUUCGGAGUACUCGUCUCCUGGCCUUUCCGCUCAUGGAGGUGUGAUUGCUUCCUCAAUGCAUCCAACAUGGUCCAAUAUGAGGGCCAGUCUCAAAGAAGUUUUGGAAUUGGGUCUAGCUGGGAACCCUGUGGUUGCCAUGAAUCCCUGUGGUGUUCUGGGGGCCGUCCCUUUGAACACAUCAAUGAUCCUGGAUCAGAUUUGCUUACGGUGGUACCAAAUGGCAUCACUGAUGCCAGCCAUGUACAGCUUUUAUGGCAAUGAAAAGAUGAACCGACUGCCAUACAAGUUCAUUGGAUCAUACAGAGAUUGGAUCCAACACUCCAUCGAGCAGAGAUAUAAGCUCAUGCCCUAUUUUCAUACCUUGGCCCAUGAGGGUGCCACUGCCGGGGCUCCCAUAGUUCGUCCUCUCUUCUACGAAUUCCCGGACGACCCAAACACCUUGAGGAACUACGAGCAGUUCAUGGUGGGCAAUGGCAUCCUCGUCAGCCCUAUGAUGGAACUGGCUACGACUCAAUUACUGGCCUAUAUCCCAUAUGGAACCUGGUUUGGUUUGUGGUCUGGGCAAAAGUUCCAAGGCAUUGGCGAUUGGACUUUACUUGAAGACAAACCUUUCCAAAUCACAUCACACCUCAGAGCAGGGACCAUAAUUCCUGGAUUGGAAGAUCCUUAUAUGAAUGUGGAAGAAAGUUACCUUCAGAGUAACUACAGCCUGAUAGUCGGCCUUGGAUGCGACAAAUCCCCUCGAAGUGUUCAAUGUACGGCUACAGGUACCAUGUACAUUGACACCAUCGAUGUGUCAAUCACUUUUGAAGCCACUGCUGAUGAAAAAUCAGGUUCCCUAGUCAUAAAUCAAUCGAAUGCCGUCAGCGAAUGUUUGACCGGUGAAAUCACUACCAUUAGCAGUGUGAUCAUUUACGACGUGAGCCCUAAGCCCAAGAGUGUCAAGCUCUCUUACAUAGACACUGAUUUGGAUGUAAGCGACAAUCCCUUCAAUACCGGAUCAGAUUUGGGAAUUGCUUAUUACGAUGAGAGUGUGGGAAGACUUCAGAUUACGAGCAUUGACUUGAAUUGGUGUCUUGCAGACCACCUUCAACUGGAAUGGAUUUUCUGAACAUUUGUGUAGUAAUAUUCAAUGAAGUUGUGACAUUACAAAACUAUUCUAUUGUGUCU